AUGCGUUUCAGACUUCUCCUCGGGCUCGCGGUGCCCUUUGUCGCUGCAAAGAUUUCGUACGAUGGCUGGAAGGCGUUUUCUAUUACCGCCAACAGUUCCAAUGAGAACAUGACCGCUCUUCUUCAAGACCUCAACUACGUGACGCUUAGUUGCGAAAGCCAUCGAGACACCCUCGAAAUCGCAGUACCUCCAACGAAAGUCGCAGGAUUCGAAGCUCUUGAUAUGAACGCCACAGUCACCAGCCAUGAUCUGGGAGCUGAGAUCGCCGAGGAGGGAAAGUUUGAACACUACUAUCAUACACCGAAAGGUCGCGGCUUCAAAGCCACGCUCCCCAACAAGUCCUACUUCAAUUCUUAUCACAGUUUUGACCAGCACACUAAGUUUCUCUCCGACCUUCAGGCCUCAUUCAAAAAGAACUCGGAGAUCUUUGUUGCUGGUACAAGCGUAGAGAAGAGAGACAUUCGGGGCAUUCAUUUGUGGGGCAAUAACGGAAAAGGACGAAAUCCUGCCAUCAUUUGGCACGGGAAUGUGCAUGCCCGCGAGUGGAUAAGCGGAAUGACAGUUGAGUACUUGGCAUACAAGAUUAUUCAAGGCUAUCAGAAGAAGGAUUCUCUCAUUCAGGCUACGCUCAACAACUUCGACUUUUACAUCUUGCCAAUCGUGAACCCGGACGGCUUUGUUUAUACAACAACAGAUGACCGCCUUUGGCGCAAGAAUCGCCAGAAGAGUGGCCACAAAACUUGCGUUGGCACCGACAUCAACCGAAACUGGCCCUUCAAGUGGGAUAUUCCAGGCGGCUCCUCGACCGAUCCAUGCAACGAGACCUUUCGCGGCCGCAAGCCUCGCGACACACCCGAGAACAAAGCUCUAGUCAAUCAUAUCAAGGGCAUCUCCAAAACCUCUGGAGUCCGAUCCUACGUCGACUGGCAUUCUUACAGCCAGCUUAUUCUGCUACCUUAUGGCUAUGACUGUUCUGUCAAUGCAACCAAUAUUGCCGAGCAGAUGAGUUUAGCCGAGGGAGUUUCAGACGCAAUCUGGGAGGUCAACGGGUUGGAAUUUAACUAUGGCCCUACCUGUCAGACUAUCUACCAAACGUCAGGUUCAAGCCUCGAUUGGGUGUUUGGUGUGGCCAAGGCAGAACUGUCUUGGGGGAUUGAGUUGCGGCCAGAUAUGUAUCGAGGCAAUGGCUUUGUUGUGCCGCCUAAGCAGAUCAUUGAGUCUGGUGAGGAGAUCUGGGCGGGUAUGAGGUAUUUGUUCAAGAACCUUUAA